CCUCUCUCUCUCCCCUCUCUCUUUCUCUCACUAGAAUUUGAUGGUUAAAUUGUCGUUUUAUCGUAGUUGCAACUUCCAAAUUUGCACUACCAGAUUCCAGAUCCAAAUCCAAGGUGGGUGGGAAUAAGAAGAAGAAAAAGCAGCAUUUUGGUGUCUGCAUUUCUAAAAGGAGUAUACCCACCUACUACUCCUAAAAGGAAAAGUUUUGGACUUUUCAAAACUUUUCAUCCUUUGGCAGAAUCCAACCGCCUGCAACUCCCUCUGUGAUCAAACCCAGGUGGGAUUUCUAUGGAAUUUGAAAAUUCUCAUUGGUGAUAUCAGACAUUAACAGUGUUGAUAGCUUUUCAUGUGAGAAUGGAUGGGACAUUGAUUGCUGGGUGAGUGGGUGUAGGUUCUUGUCCAGUUGAAUUCAAGGUUUUGUUUAAGGGACGUAUUGGGUGUAGGCUUGUAGCCUGAAAGAGAUUCGGGAUGUUCAAGCUAUCUCCUCGCAGGAACUCGAGAUCUAGGGGGUUUAAGGUCAAGCAUGCGCUGCAGCUGUUUCUUUUGCUGGGUGUGUGCGUCUGGCUGGCUUACCAAGUCAAGCAGUCUCAUGGCAAGAAAGCGGAGUUCAGGGAUAAAAUAAAGGAUGGUGGGGAUCAGAUCCUCAAGUUAGGAAGAAAGGAUCUCAAGCCUGUUGUGGAGGAAAUUGUCGAUAGGAAUGCAAGGCAGAAGGAGGAGGAAGAAGAAGAACAAAACAAGCCUGAAGAGAUCGAUAAUGUUGGAAGAGGCACCGGAGAUGAUGAGGUGAAUGAAAAUGAUGAGAACAAAAUUGAUGAGAGGACAAAAGAUCAAGGUGAUUCAGUACAAGGUGAGAAAGACAGUGAAACGAACAAGGAGGUUACUAGUGAAGAGAGCAACGUGAAUGAAAAUGAAGAGAGUAAAGAGAACGAAAAUGGAAACAGGAACGAUGAAGACGACAAAGCCAAGCAGAGUGAGGAAAGCAAUGAGAAGGAGACCGAAGGGGCCAAAGAGAAAGAAAGUGAAGAAAAGGAGAUUGUAGAGACUGUAGAGAAAGAGAACGGAGAGACCAAAGAGAUGGAAAGUGAACAGAAGGAGAAUGUAGAGACUACAGAGAAAGAAAGUGAACAGAAGGAGAACGGAGAGUUCAAAGAGACAGAAAGUGAACCGAAGGAGAAUGUGGAGAACAAAGAGCAAGAAAGUGAGCAGAAGGAGAACGGAGUGACCAAGGAAAUGGGAAGUGAACAGAAGGAGAAUGUAGAGACUACACAGAAAGAAAGUGAACAGAAGGAGAACGGAGAGUUCAAAGAGACAGAAGGUGAACCGAAGGAGAAUGUGGAGAACAAAGAGCAAGAAAGUGAGCAGAAGGAGAACGGAGUGACCAAGGAAAUGGGAAGUGAACAGAAGGAGAAUGUAGAGACUACACAGAAAGAAAGUGAACAGAAGGAGAACGGAGAGUCCAAAGAGACGGAAAGUGAACCGAAGGAGAAUGUAGAGAACAAAGAGCAAGAAAGUGAGCAGAAGGAGAACGAUGAGACCAAAGAGAAAGAAACUGAACAGAAGGAGAAUGAAGAGAUCAAAGAGGACAAAACUGAAGAGAAAGGAACAUCAGAGGAGACUCAAAGGGUGGAUAAUAAAGAGGGAGAGGAACGCAAUGAUACAGAUGAUAAAGAAAAGGAGGCCGAGAAGGAAGGUGAUAAGAUUGAGAAGAUGCUUUUAACUGAUGAUCGGGUUCGAGAUGGAGGUGAAACUGAUGAGGGGGCAAGAGAAGAGCCUUACAAGGCAGAUGAUGCUUCCAGUGCUAUGGCCCACGAAACUCAGAAUGCGACACAAGAUAAUGGCAGUUCAGAAAAUUCUAAUGAAGAAAAGCAGUUUGGAGACAAAGAGAAUAAUACAAAUAGCACUGAAGUGGUUGAUGUUGAUCAAAACAAGUCUGUCUCAAAUGUGGAAGUGACUGAAAAGAUUGAACUGUAUGGUAAUGAAAAGGCCAAGGAAACUGAAGUGGGCGGUGGUGAGAGUAAUCACUUGGAACCAGACAAUGGUUCCACGCCUAAUUCAACGGAACAGAAACAAGUGGACACCAAGACAGAUGACUCUACACCGAAAAAUUCAACCGAUCAGCUGCAAAUGGACACAAAGAUGGAUGAGUCUACACCGCAAAAUUCUACAGAUCAGCAGCACGUGGAGACUAAGUUCAAUGACUCUACACAGCAAAAUGUUGUAUUAGAGCAAACUGAGAGAUCUGAUGUAGCUGCCAACAGCGAGCAACAAGACUCUACCACAACAGCUUCCACUAUAACUGUGAAUGGUGAUGCUACAAAUGGAGUAACCCCAGAUACUUCUAGUAAUUCUGAAUCUGCUGUCUCGGAUAGUCAGACGGUCAACUCCGGUACACCUACGGAAACAGAUAAAAGUUCUGCACCUUCAACCAUGAGCAUUGUUCAGACUCAAAAGCUCAGCAGUAACACCGAGGUAGAAGGAACACAGGAAAAUAUACUCUCUCAAAAAACAAACGAGAAUGAAGAUGCUGGCCAAAAGCAAGGUGGUGAUUCUUCUUCCUUUCAACAAGAGAAAGAUGCGCCGUCAAACCCAGAUAACAAAUCAGAUGCAAGCCAGAACGAAAAUGGCAGUGGUGUUCUAAACAACACCAAUGCAAACGCUGAUACAGGUGCAGGCCAAAAGGAAGGAUCAGUUGACUCGUCAAAUUCUUCAGUAUCCCAGGACAAAGAAGAAUCUUCAAACGCCAAUACUAAUGUUGAGGCUGGACAGAAUGAGAAUGUGAAUGUUGUUAAGAGCAACACCAAUGACCACACAUAUGCAGGCCAAAAGGAGAACACAGGUGCUGGUGGAGAAGACUCUGGUAAUGCCCAGAAGGAGAAUGAAGAUGCGUCAAACACGAAUGACAAUACUAAUGAGAGCCAGAAUGUGACAGUGGAUUCGUCUAAUGCUUCGAUCCCCGAAGAAGAGAAAGAGGCUCGUAUAGACCUGGAUACUUUGCCGGAAAGCAAAACUGCAACUAAUAACAAUGAUGAUACGGCCACUGAGUAAAACAUUUCAAUAAGUUCACCAUUCAUUUGCGCAACCAUAUGUCAUUUUGAUUUCAUUUUUUUUUCUUGUGAGGUGAUUCGGCAUAACUGUAACCUUCAUUGAUGGCUGUACCUUCUUGUGAUUAUAGUGCGAAAGUUAUUUUAUCAAUCUUGACUCUUGAGGGCAA